AUGAAUAACAAAUCAACGGAAAAACUUUGGGUACCGGAUGAGGAUUUUGUCGAAUAUCAGAAUGAUUUGAGGAAAAAGAGAGCCUCUCGAAUAUUCAAAUACAUCUUGGUGACAUUGUUGGCCAUCGGCGCGCUCUAUUUUCUUCUCUUUGUCGAUCGAGCAAAUCUCUCGAAAUCUUUUGGAGAACAGAGUGGAAAUGAAAAAAAUGAAAUGGAUCAGAACGAAUUCGAAUCACUUUAUGAAGAGUACUCGGAUCAGUUUAAGGAUUAUAUGAAAAGAUACAAUCGAGAGUACGAGUCCGGCGAAGAGACCCUCGAUCGCUUCAAGAACUACAUGAAAAACUUGAAAGAGGCCGAGAAAAUGACGGAAGAGAAGAAAUAUGGCGGAGAAUUUGGCGAGAAUGAGAUGAGCGAUUGGACGGAUGAAGAGUUCAGAAAGAUCCUGUUACCGGUGAAUUUCUACAAAAGAAUGCGCUCUGAAAGCUCAUUUAUUCGCUCGAAUCCACCAAAGUUAGAGACUGGUCCAAGUUUACCCGAUUCCUUCGAUUGGAGACAGAAAAAUGGUGUCAGUCCGGUAAAAGCUCAAGGGAAAUGUGGCUCGUGUUGGGCUUUCGCUGCAACAGCCACUGUUGAAUCGGCGUGGUUGGUGAAAGAUGGAAAGUUGAGAAAUCUCUCUGAGCAGACACUUCUUGAUUGUGAUUUGAGUAAUAAUGCGUGUGAUGGAGGAGAUGAGGAUAAAGCGUUCAGAUUUAUCCACCGCCAAGGUUUGGCUUUUUCCGUUGAUCUUCCCUAUGUAGCGCACCGUCAAAAUAAAUGUGAGCUCGCCAAGAUGACAGCAACGAAAAUUGAUGUUGCUUACUACUUGCAUCAAGAUGAAUUCGCGAUGCGACAAUGGAUUGUCAACUAUGGACCAGUCAACGUUGGCAUGUCCGUCACUCAACCGAUGCGCUCGUACAAAUGCAACACUACUGAGUGCGCCGUUUUCACGCCAGAUGCCGAUGAUUGCAAGAAUAAGGUGAUCGGUUUGCACGCUUUGUUGGCUGUCGGUUAUGGAACCGAUAAAAACACGAAGGAGGACUAUUGGAUUAUCAAGAAUUCGUGGGGAGCCGAUUGGGGAGAUCACGGAUUUAUCAAAUUCAGGCGCGGAAUCAACGCUUGCGGUAUCGAAGAGGAGCCAGUUGGGAUUAUGGCU